GGAAAUGUUCAAAGCAUUUAAGAAAUGGCACGUGGAUGUUACGUCUGCCCACUCCAAAAAUAUACUCGGGCCACGGAAGAGACCGGCCCAGAAAGUAAAUCUAACAGGGACUCGGGACUGGCUCGUCUCUCGUCAUUUUUCACUUUCUAACCACACAGACAAAAACGGAGAGGAAAUUGUUGGUUUCUCCACCGACACAGACGGAUCAUUUGUUCGUCGCAGAAAGAUGAAGAGCCAAAGCAGUUAUGCACCUCCGUCUUAUAUUCCCUUGGGCCAAUCAGAUUCGGGAUCACCUGUUGUUUUACGCAAUGAAGACCCUCCCAAGCAGCAAAAUAAUGUCGAUGGGCCGAUACAAUGGUCUUCUGGAAUUUGCGCAUGUUGUGAUGAUACGCAGAGCUGUUGUAUAGGUUUAUUUUGUCCUUGCUAUCUGUUCGGAAAGAAUGCAGAGUUUCUGGGCUCUGGGACAUUAAUGGGCUCCUGCACGACUCAUUUUAUUCUGUGGGUACUUGUUAAUACCGUCUGCUGCUUAUUAACUGAUGGCCUUAUUUUGGGUAUACCGGGAUGCUUUGUUGCAUGUUAUGCUUGUGGCUACCGCAGGGCACUAAGAUCAAAAUAUAAUCUCCAGGAAGCACCGUGUGGAGACUUUAUUACUCAUUUUUUCUGCCAUCUGUGCGCAAUUUGUCAAGAGUACAGGGAGAUCCGUGAAAAGUCUGCUGAAUCUGGCCCUGGUGAUCUGAAUCUAGCCAUAGUUACAGCCCCAGCAGUCCAGACAAUGGAACCAGGGCUUGACAAGUAAAGUCAGUACUAGUACCCCUGCAGGUGCAGGAUCUGCAUCUGCUUUUGGUUAUACAAUGCUGUUCACACCGUUUAAUGGAUAUUGUUAGUGAAUCCCUGAAAACUAUAAUACUAUUAAUCUUUUAAACUUUGCUGUGUAUGAGGGUAGCUCUUAGCAGUAUCA